CGGCCCCCUCCCCCGGCGCCGGCCAAGUGAGGCGGUGAUGCGGGCGCUGGCGGCCCCGGCUGCGCCGAGAGCGGAGACACAGGCUCAAGAUGGCAGAUGCCGACUGAGGCUGGGGGGGCCGAGACCGCGCGCCGCGUUCCCUUCCCCGGUGCCAUGAACCGCGGACACCCCGGCCCCGAUGGCCCCCGUGUACGAAGAUAAAGAAGUUGAGGCACAAAGAGGCUGCGGGACUUGCUGAGACCACGCAGCCAGCCAGGAGCAGAGCCUGCAUCUCACAGCGGCUGGGGACUCAAAGCAUCUGAAAUGAGCUCUUGGAACACAGACCACUGUUAGGUAUGGCCUCGCAUGUACAAGUUUUCUCCCCUCACACCCUUCAAUCAAGUGCCUUCUGUAGUGUGAAGAAACUGAAAGUAGAGCCGAGUUCCAACUGGGACAUGACUGGGUACGGCUCCCACAGCAAAGUGUACAGCCAGAGCAAGAACAUACCACCUUCUCAGCCAGCCACCACAACCGUCAGCACCUCCUUGCCGAUCCCAAACCCAAGCCUACCUUACGAGCAGACCAUCAUCUUCCCAGGAAGCACUGGGCACAUAGUUGUAACAUCAGCCAGCAGCACUUCUGUCACUGGGCAAGUCCUCGGAGGACCACAUAACCUAAUGCGGCGAAGCACUGUGAGCCUUCUUGAUACCUACCAAAAAUGUGGACUCAAGCGUAAGAGUGAGGAGAUUGAGAACACGAGCAGUGUGCAGAUCAUCGAAGAGCAUCCACCCAUGAUUCAGAAUAAUGCCAGCGGGGCCACUGUAGCCACUGCCACCACCUCAACUGCCACCUCCAAGAACAGUGGCUCCAACAGUGAAGGGGAUUAUCAGCUCGUGCAGCAUGAGGUGCUGUGCUCCAUGACCAACACUUACGAAGUUUUAGAGUUCUUGGGCCGAGGGACGUUUGGGCAAGUGGUCAAGUGCUGGAAACGGGGCACCAAUGAAAUUGUGGCCAUCAAAAUCCUGAAGAACCACCCUUCGUACGCCCGGCAGGGUCAGAUCGAGGUGAGCAUCCUGGCCCGCUUGAGCACUGAGAGUGCUGACGACUACAACUUUGUGCGGGCCUAUGAGUGCUUCCAGCACAAGAAUCACACCUGCUUGGUCUUUGAGAUGUUGGAGCAGAACCUCUAUGACUUUCUGAAGCAAAACAAGUUUAGCCCCUUGCCCCUCAAAUACAUUCGCCCAGUCCUCCAGCAGGUAGCCACAGCCCUGAUGAAACUAAAGAGCCUGGGUCUUAUCCAUGCCGACCUCAAGCCAGAAAACAUCAUGCUGGUAGAUCCAUCCAGACAGCCCUACAGAGUAAAGGUCAUUGACUUUGGUUCAGCCAGUCACGUGUCCAAGGCCGUGUGUUCCACCUACUUGCAGUCCAGAUACUACAGGGCCCCUGAGAUCAUCCUUGGCUUACCAUUUUGUGAGGCAAUUGAUAUGUGGUCCCUGGGCUGUGUCAUUGCAGAGCUGUUCCUGGGCUGGCCGCUAUAUCCAGGAGCUUCAGAGUACGAUCAGAUUCGGUAUAUUUCACAAACACAGGGAUUGCCAGCUGAAUAUUUAUUAAGCGCAGGGACAAAGACAACCAGGUUUUUCAACCGUGACACAGACUCACCGUAUCCUCUGUGGAGGCUGAAGACACCAGAUGACCAUGAAGCAGAGACAGGGAUUAAGUCGAAAGAAGCAAGGAAGUACAUUUUCAACUGUUUAGAUGACAUGGCCCAGGUGAACAUGACAACAGAUUUGGAAGGAAGUGACCUGUUGGUGGAAAAGGCGGACCGGCGGGAGUUCAUUGACCUGCUAAAGAAGAUGCUGACCAUAGAUGCUGACAAGAGAAUCACUCCCAUCGAGACCCUGAACCACCCCUUUGCCACCAUGACACACUUACUCGAUUUUCCCCACAGUACACAUGUCAAAUCAUGUUUCCAGAACAUGGAGAUUUGCAAACGUCGGGUGAAUAUGUAUGACACAGUGAACCAGAGCAAAACCCCUUUCAUCACCCACGUGGCCCCCAGCACGUCCACCAACCUGACCAUGACCUUCAACAACCAGCUGAACACUGUCCACAACCAGGCUCCCACCUCCACCAGUGCCACUAUUUCCUUAGCCAAUCCCGAAGUCUCCAUACUAAACUACCAAUCUGCACUCUACCAGCCCUCAGCGGCAUCCAUGGCUGCAGUGGCCCAGCGGAGCAUGCCCCUGCAGACAGGAACAGCCCAGAUUUGUGCCCGGCCUGACCCCUUCCAGCAAGCUCUCAUCGUGUGUCCACCCGGCUUCCAAGGAUUGCAGGCCUCUCCCUCGAAGCAUGCUGGCUACUCUGUGCGAAUGGAAAAUGCCGUUCCCAUCGUCACCCAAGCCCCAGGAGCUCAGCCCCUCCAGAUCCAACCUGGUCUGCUUGCCCAGCAGGCCUGGCCAAGUGGGACCCAGCAGAUCCUGCUUCCCCCAGCAUGGCAGCAGCUGACUGGGGUGGCCACGCACACGUCGGUGCAGCACGCCACUGUGAUUCCUGAGACCAUGGCGGGCACCCAGCAGCUCGCCGACUGGAGGAACACACAUGCUCACGGCAGCCAUUACAAUCCCAUCAUGCAGCAGCCUGCGCUAUUAACUGGUCACGUGACCCUUCCAGCAGCCCAGCCCUUGAAUGUGGGCGUGGCCCAUGUGAUGCGGCAGCAGCCAACCAGCAGCACCUCCUCCCGGAAGAGUAAGCAGCAUCCGUCCUCUGCCAGAAACGUGUCCACCUGUGAGGUGUCCUCCUCGCAGGCCGUCAGCUCCCCUCAGCGGUCCAAGCGAGUCAAGGAGAACACGCCUCCGCGCUGCGCCGUGGUGCACAGCAGCCCGGCCUGCAGCUCCUCUGUCACGUGCGGGUGGGGCGACGGGGCCUCCGGCACCGCCCGGGAGCGGCAGCGGCAGACGAUUGUCAUUCCCGACACCCCCAGCCCCACGGUCAGCGUCAUCACCAUCAGCAGCGACACGGACGAGGAGGAGGAACAGAAGCACGCCCCCACCAGCACUGUCUCCAAGCAGAGAAAAAACGUCAUCAGCUGUGUCACCGUGCACGACUCUCCUUACUCUGACUCCUCCAGCAACACCAGCCCCUAUUCCGUGCAGCACCGUGCUGGACACACCACCAACACCUUUGACACCAAGGGGAGCCUAGAAACUCAUUGCACAGGGAACCCGCGAACUAUCAUCGUGCCACCCCUGAAAACCCAAGCCAGUGAAGUGUUGGUGGAAUGUGACAGCCUGAUGCCAGUCAAUACCAGUCACCACUCGUCCUACAAGUCCAAGUCGUCCAGCAACGUGACCUCCACCAGCGGUCACUCUUCAGGGAGCUCGGCUGGAGCCAUCGCCUACCGACAGCAGCGGCCAGGACCCCCCUUCCAGCAGCAGCAGCCUCUCAAUCUCAGCCAGGCUCAGCAGCACGUCACCGCGGAGCGCGCCGGAGGCCACCGCAGGCAGCAGGCCUACGUCACGCCCACCAUGGCUCAGGCUCCGUACUCCUUCCCGCACAGCAGCCCAGGCCACGGCACUGUGCACCCCCACCUGGCCGCUGCCGCAGCGCACCUCCCCACCCAGCCCCACCUCUACACCUACACAGCACCCGCCGCCCUGGGCUCCACAGGCACCGUGGCCCACCUGGUGGCCUCCCAAGGCUCGGCACGUCACACCGUGCAGCACACUGCCUACCCGGCCAGCAUCGUCCACCAGGUCCCCGUGAGCAUGGGUCCCCGGGUCCUGCCCUCACCCACCAUCCACCCGAGUCAGUACCCAGCCCAGUUUGCCCACCAGACCUACAUCAGCGCCUCUCCAGCCUCCACCGUCUACACUGGAUACCCACUGAGCCCUGCCAAGUGCCUUACCGACCGACAGACGCGGUGUGAGGGUUUACUUCCAUGGUACUCCAAGAAGCUGACUGAGGCGAGUCAGAUCAUCUCAGCUCUUCUUUUGUGCUGUUGUAACAUUUUACUCUGGUCUUUACCUCUUUUUUUUUUUUUUUUUUAAUUUUAUUUCGUUGUAAUACCUGUUGUCUUUCUGGAGCUGUUGGCCAGCAGAGGCGUGGCAGGGAGGUGGCCGGGGCUGCAAGAACCCGCGAUCUGGAGAGAGAUGGGCAGACGGGGUGAAUCUGAUGACGGUGGUGCUUUCAGCCUUUCCCCUGCAGACAGAGAGCAAGAGAGGCUCCCCGCCCUGUUCCCCCGCCCCGCUCUUCCCCCAGCUUUCCGCCCUGGGGCCGGCUCCGCCACCUGUGGCACCCGAAGUCCCAUCUCUGUGGGAGGAACGUCGGCCUUGCCGGCGGCUCCCUCCUUCCUGGUAUGGAAGCGGCCAAGGAGAGGGGCCACCGCAGCCUCCUGCCCAGCACAGCCUUGCCGUGGCCGUGGGCUGGGCGAGAGGCGGCCCGGGACCCAGCUUGUGCUCGGACGCACCCCGCGCCCACCCGCGCAGCGCAGCCCCUCCCUCUGGCUCCAUCCAUUGUGUUGGGCUCUCACAGUUUUGCCAGCCUCUUCCCUCUGACGGCCCCCAUCAACCUUCGUUUGCUGCUGAAUCUUUCCUCACAUUACCCAGGCCUCCCAAGACAUGACUUUGUUUUCUAUUUUAGAGGGUCUGGUGGGCAGAAGUUUGGAGGGACGUUUAUGAGGGUCACCAGGGGGUCUCACACUGCACUUUGGAAAACACUCCCUCAGCCAUUAAGUUUCCACAGAAAUUUGCCCUUUGGCCUUUUUGCACCUUUGAAACUCGCUGGAAGUUUCCUCGGGCUUUGAUCACGCUGGAGGUGGGGUGGGGGAAGGUCUCUUCAUUCAUAGCAAACUACUCUUACUAUGCGAACAUUGGGAGACUCUAUCUGGUCAUAGUCUGGGCUUUAAAGUGUGGUCCUAGUUGUUUGAUUUUCAAUGCUGAGUCCUUAACUGAUCCCAAAGCCAAGUUUCUAAGGUGCAAAGAGGUUACUCCUACUUUUGAGGGUCCAUCCUCAUCUCCGCACCCCUCCACCCCACUCUGCUGUCUCCCUUAACGAUCUACUGUGAACAGUGUUUUUAUGAUUUCCAACUAGUUGAGUAACGAAGCCAAGCUGUUACCUUAGCUCUUAGCUGUGAAAUGUGAAGUAACUCUGGAAAUAUCCUCUCCCCAACCAUAAAUUCUACUUAUCUUACAAAGAAGUAGGUCCCCAAACUGGAACCAGCUUAGGCCUCGGGCUGGAAGGACACCAGGACCCACUCUGGGUGGGCACCCUCAGGCAGCCCAUCAGGGGCCAGCCAGAUGCCCCUCUUGUGAUAAGUACAUCUUUAUCUGGAGGUGGGGAAGUGCCGUCAUUCUGAGACUACAGGAAAAUGGCCAGUCCAGGGAGGGUAGGGGGUAAAGCCUUUGGAGGACACGGGAGCCAGAGCCUUAGAGCCACCAGCCUGGAAAAUCGUCUCUUUCAGAUUUUUGGCAGCCAGAUGGCAGCGAUACCCCAUCAGAGCUACUCACCCAGUCACAGAAUUCUUGGCUGCAGAUGAGCCUCCAUUUGCCUUACUGGAUAGCAAGCAUCCUGGAUCCCUUUGCACAGUUCACUUCCAGCCCUUCCUAGAGCUGAUCUUUUAUGGGAAAAGACAACAUAGCCUUCCGUUUGAAAUAAAAUUGUAAGUUAGAAGUCUCUUACCCUUUUACCUGACAUUUUCUUUCUUUUUCUUCCAGAUCAGGAAUAAAGUUCCAUGCUGCUCAUAAAGAUAAUAUUAUUGUACUAAUUAUUUUGGUUAUUACCAUUGUAAUUAUUAUCAUUAUCAUCAUGUUGAUAUUUUUAUUGGGGUUUUAAAUGCACAUUUAUUCCAAGUAUCUUUGUGUUUUCUCCUUAAUAUUUAAACUUAUUAUGUCUGUGAGUGUAUGAGUAGACAAGAGGGACAUGUAGUUUUGUCAAGCCAAAAAAAAAAGGAAAAACCCAGGCAUUAGGCCUUUUUUUCCUGUCAUCUCUCUUCCAUAAAGAACUAUCUAGAAAGAUCCACCAUAGAACAAAAGUUUGAAGGAGAAUCAGGCCUUUUUUCCCAUACUAGCCAGAUUGGGCUCUUGACAACAUGGUUACCAUCAAUAUUGUAUUUUUCUGGAUUCUCAGCAGCCUGGGCAGAGAUCUGAGGAGGCAUCUCCUGGGCUGACCCCUGGGCUGUGGUCCCUUCCGCAUCCCCCAGCUCUCCUGUUCUUGUGAAGCCUGCUAACCAGAUUCUUGGCUUACCUCACAUCUGAUAUUUACCUGUCCAGCAAAAUAAAAGCCCUCUGCCCAGCUGACCAAACCCCUUUCCUAACAGUCCUCCCCUUUCCCUUCGGUGCCCCAGGAAUGUGGCUUACGUCCUUCAGUGCAGGGAUAAUUGUCCCUCCUAGAAGCCAAUGGAAUCAUGAGCUGAUGUAAGUUUGCUAGGCAAAUGGCACCUUCCCCAGGGAGUUUCAGCCUCACUUUCCCUCCGUCUGCUCACUAACCACCAUGCCCACUGCCUCCAUCUCCCUCUCACCCCCCAAUGCAUCUUCUCAGCAUGCAAUUCUAGGGACAAACUAGCAAGCCAAAAAAAUGUGGAGGGAUGGUAAGAUGCCAGAGGAACACUGACAAGGUCCAGCAGCUGCUCAGACAUUGCAGCCCACCCCCGUCCGAAAUUGUUGGCCAGUGAAGGGGCACAGCAGAGCCUCACAGCCAUCCUCCCAGGAUCUGACUGUUCCCUCAGUGCACUGCGCUGUAUGUGACAGGCUUGUCUAAUCAGCUUGAGGUGUCCACACACCGCCCUUCAAACCCAGAAACUGUGAGCCCUGGGUUAGAAUGGCUGUUUUCGCUGAAGCUUACAAAGGGAGAUGUCAGGCAGUGUCCAGCCCUGCAGAUGCUCAGCAGCCAUUAGUGCAUGCUCUCAUAGACCCCACAUGCCUUCCUCUUCCCACAGAGCUGUGGGACUGGGAGCCCCAGGAAAAGACCUUAGUGGGGGAGGCCAGGCUCCCUGUACACUCAGCACUUGCCUGGAUCUCCCAGCCAGUCCCCCAACUUUGAGUCACCCUGGCAAAUAGGAUGAACAAUAGCCUGCCCGUCCCUGGGACCAAGCUCUCAAGUAGGUAGAUGCCAACCUAGUCCUUAAACCGCAAAUAACCUAGAGCAUCAUCUGUUCUUCAACUGGCUCCGUCCUUUACUAAAGAAAUGUAGGUGAGACUAAGAGGGGAAGAUUUAACAGGGCAGGUCAAGGAGAACCAUGUAAUGGGGGCCUUAGGAACCACAGGUCAAUAUGCUGUGCUUGGUGGGUUCUUGCUGACCCGUCUGGGUGUUUGACCCUUGUCUCUGCACUAGUGCCUCAUUCAUGAUGUUUGGCUGUUUCCAAGGGAAGGGGUGAGCAGGCCGAUGGGUGGGAGAGUCUGAGGCUUGAAGCCAAUUAAUACUGUGAAGUGGAGCGGGUGGUUGAUCGAAUUCAGAGGGAAAGGAAGGGUUGUCUCCUGGACCAAAUUUGCAUUCUGGCCUUACUGGCGGUGAGUGGCUUGCAGGCUGUGGGAGCCAGCUGGCCUUGUCCUCUUCCCCCUGGAAGACUCAACCCGCCCAAACACCAGAUUGUGGGACCUAAGGAGGGAAGGUGAGAUUAGCCCAGCUGCUAGCAGGCCGAUUUCCCUUGACCAGAUCUUUGGAAUUGCAAACACUCAUUUUGAACAAGCUUGUGGUGGAGGAUUUGGGGUGUGUGAGUGUGUGUGAGUGGAGCAGACUUUCUUGGAAACCGGAGGAAGGAGAUGAGGAGGCUUGCGGAGCUGUUACUGAUGGGCUGUGGUUGAUGAAACGAAGGGCACUCGUUCGUGGGGCAAGGGGGCAUGUGGGGCUCUGGCUGGCUCUUGUGGUUGCUGUUAGGGACAGAAAAUGGAAAGAAGAAAAUAACCAGGUGCCCUCAAGUAGCAGCGCAUUCACCAGAGAGGGGAGGCUGCCUCCCACAGGCCUGGCCUGGGCCUCAGUGACACUAGCCGAGCCAUUUCGCAGGAAACAUUGCAGCCCCUGGGACUUCGCAGACUUCUCUCCCUGCCUGUCUUUUCUUUCUGAUGUGUCUUAUGGAUUUCAGAUGGGGAAGCCUCAAAACUGAGCAGGCCAGAGAUGUCCUUACCAAACCGGAAAGGAGGCUGAAGCUGUUCCUUUCUUUAGCCAAAGAACCCUUCUGAAAGGCACCUCCAGACGUGGACUAAUGGCAUUCCUGUCUUCCCUUUCUGGGCAAUAAUGACAUUGUUAGUGAUGCAAUUCCAUUAGCCUUGCUCUUUCCUCUCUAGCCUGACAUUUUUUUUUUUCUGCUUUUAUUUCAAAACUGUACUCAUCUUUUAAGAGGAGUGGGUAUUUGUAAAUGCUGCUGCUAUUGGGAGACUGAGGCACUGCACGAAUACUUGGGCUUAACUAACUCAUGUUACCAUGCGCGGCAACCAGAGUAGCCCUUCUGCCAGGAAGCUCAGCUGCGUCAGGGGUUUAGAACCUGCUGGAGCUGGGCUGGGGAUGUCAGUACUUUUCCACUUUGGUGCCUUAGGACUCUCUUUCUAACCUCCACAGACAAGAGAGUAAAAUCUCAGUCGGGCUGCUAGAGAAUUGAAGGUGGCGAAAGGACAUUGAAAUGCAAUAGAAAACUUCCAAAGGCUUUUGGACCCAUUGCUCACUACAGUGCCCCCACCCAGCAGAGGUUUCUCACAUCUUUCUUGCUGUUGCCAGAAGUUUGAAAGAGCCAGCAGAUCCAAGCCAGUUCUUCACUUCAGACUCGCAGUUUACAGAGAAGUGGCUCUCCUGCAGGGCACCCUUCUCAGAACACCUGUACUGGAAGGGGCUCUUCCCGAUUCCCCGGCUCAAAUCCCAGAGCCUCUGAGAGCCCCUGAUCUCAGACCCCUGCAUUUACAUCACACUGACCCUCUCUUAUUUGUUAAAAUUUGCACAGUACCCCAAGUAGGUAACAGCCAACAUUCAGUGAAUGUUUUUCUGAAUACCAGGCCCCAGGCCGUGCGCUGUCGGAGCCCUCGGAGCUGCCCCACUGACAACACCCCCGUUUACAGGGGAGGGGCGGCUGGUGCUCUCAGUAAGCAGCACGCAUUAAAGGAAAGAAAUACAAUGGUGUUUUGAAAUCUGCAGGUUCCUAAUGAAAUUUUUGUCCAUCAGGCCUUUACUGAGAUUUGAUUUUGUUUUGCUUUUUUAAUUAACAGCAAUGAAUGGCCUCAUAUUUCUGAUGAAACGUUUAAUGACACUCCCAUUUAGUCUGUGCCAAACACAGUCCUAAAAGUCAUUCAUUGAUUAUCUAGUUUGAUUCAGUCCUCAUAACAACCCUGUGAAAUUGGCAGUAUCAGUCCCUUUACAGAUGAGGCAGCUGGCUUGGAGGACUGGUAACCUGCCCAGGGUCACGAGGCUGGUGGGGAAGUUGGGCCUUGAACCUGGGCCUACCCAGCUCCAGAAUGGAGCUCGCAGCCACUAGUCUCAGCUUUCUCCUAUGCGUACGUGCAAAGGCCCAAUGUCCCCUGCAUCCCUGCUGCGAGCGUGGAAUUCAGCUGAAGGUCUGUGAGAAGAGGGAACCCUGAAAUGGAUACAAGCAGAAGGGGCAGAAUUCGUUUGACCUUUAGGGAAACUCUUAGGGGAGUUUCUGUUGAGUCACAGUAGAAUUGAUUUUUGAUUUCUUUCCGGUGUCCCAACUAGCUUUAGCAGCACUGCUCCAGCAAACUCGAAGAGUGAAGAAAAAAAGUCUUCUUUUCUUUUAAAAAAAUAAUUUUCUAUUGCUUAUGGUUAAUUCUAGAAAGGCAAUAUUAAAGGUAUAUAUUUUUUUCAAAAUGCUGUUUUUUACUGCACUGAUAAAUAUCAUGACAACUCUGGUCUCUGUCAUAAAUCCACUCUUCAACUCUGGGUAGAGCCAGAUGCAGGAUUCACAUCAAAUGUGUAAAUACCAUAUGUGGGUCUGGUGUCCAGAAACUUUUUUCUUUGUGUUUAAAAAAAAAAAAAAGGAAGACAAGAUGACUCUUAAAAAGAGGAACAAAAUUAGGUUUUCCUUUAGAUAACCUUCUCAAAGAAAUGGCAAGCAAUAGUUGUAUAAACUGAGAUAAACCAGCCAACUUUUAGGACCUGAGGAAAGAGAGCCUCUUGCCAAGGUAUGAGAUUAAUAGGGAUACAGAAGCAUUUUAAUUUUGGUUGAAAGGUGACAAGAAUUUAGAAAUACAUUAGAAGUCGAUUUUUAACUUUCUAGAAAACAAUUAUAAUUUGGGAAACAUCUCAGUUGUUUUGGGUGGGAUUUUUGUUUCUUUUUAAUUUUAAAAACUUUAUCAACUGACUCCAGGCUUGUUUGCCUAAAUUCUUAGGUAGUUCACACAAGUUCUAGAAUCCUCUAGAACUUUAACUCCAUUGGAAGCAAACCCAACUAAUCAGAACUUGAGAUCCUCGUUGGUUUCCAUAGGUAUUCUGGAAUUCUGACAGAACACCUCAAGAUUUUUUUAGAGAAGGUUUUAGAUACAUUGUCUUACACAAACUGUGACCUAAUGGCAAUAAUUACCUCAAAUGUGGGCAUUCAUCCUGGUUUUAGCCUUUUUUGAAAUCAUGUAGCCAGCUUGAUCCUGGGAUUUAAAGACUAUGAACUCUGUGUGGGCUGAAAAUAAUGAUUACUGCACACCUUGGACAUUGUUGCUUAAGUGAAUUCUGAAAAUUGCUCAUCUUUACAACAAAAACUAAGUCAAGGAAGUGAUUAUUCUAUAUGUGUUUUAAUCAAAUGUGAUAGUCAAAUGCACAUGUUAAAUAUAUGUUUUUAGCUACUGUAAAAUGCUGUUAGUCUUCAGAGCUAUCGAGGGAGUCGCAUUUUAAAUGCAUAAACUAAAUAAUUGAUUGUGGAUACUAAAGCAUAUUUCUGGCUACAUUUUAUAGUUAAAGUGUUUUAUAAUUUACAUUUAAACUGGUACUUUUUAAAGGAAAUUUCUGUUUAUAACUGACAUCUUCAAACCCCAGCAAUGGCCUCUUUGGUGGGAGGCCGUGUGCCCCAGGGCAGGUGUGUUCUCCCCGUGUUGCUGUGUAGCCUAACUUGGCAUUUCCCCCUGUUAAGUAGUUUCCGCGUUAACUCGAGAGAAUGUGAAAGGAUUUCCGGGAUGAGUGUGAAAGGCUUCCACAGCCUGGGCCAGAUGCAAAGAUCUCAUGCUAUGUUCUGCAAACACUUGUCUUCAGGGUCUCCUCGUUCACAUCUUGGAAGGGACAGAGAGAACAGACACCUGGUUCGUUGAUUUUGUCUUGAUUUGAAUGUUUAACUGGUAUCAGUCCACUGGGUUCAGUCACCAGGCAAUAGAAGACUCUGGGAUUCAGGUGGCCCCGUAGGCACAGCUGCUGUUUCUGGGCCCUCAGCAAUAUUCUGGUUGGUGUUUUGCAAGAGAGAGUCAUAUACCACUUCACCUUAAUUCAUUGACUGAGUUUUCCAUAUAUCUACUGUCAUUCCUUUCCUCCUUUAAAACAAAAUAAAUGCAAAAGGAUGUCUGUACUUUUUACUCUGUCAAACUUCAAUUUGAAGCCUAGGUCAGUGGGAGCAGGACCCUAGACUCCUUCCUGGAUACUGUGCGUGCCACAGAGCAGGGGUCACUGAAGGGCAGCGGGGGUGGGCCCUGGCUCCCAUCGCAGGGGACAUCCUACGUGUAAAGGCAAGAGAGCUACUGCAGACCGGGGGCCCCACGGUCCUGCUGGAGCAGACUGGGAAAUGCUGGCUCCCCGAGUACUGGUUUGUGUUUUGUGUUCUCUUGUGCCACCACCGAAGUGCGAUGAACUGCAGUGAUCCAAAGGGCAUUCCUUUAGCAGAUAAGACCUUGAAAACUGCAAAACACCCAGGACCAGGGAACUGUGUGUGUGUGUGUGUGUGUGUGUGUGUGUGUUUAAUGCAUUUGCCUUUUCCCUAUGAACUCUAUUGAUAGUAAGUUCUUACUACAGUUUUUUGUGAGAAAUGUUACUGUAAAGCAUUUUCCAUCUUGCUCCCCUAAUUAUACUCCCACUUACCUCUGGUUGGUUUUUUUCCUUUGCUUUAAUUAACCAAAUGAAUUUCAUGUCAUUGUCUUUGAGGCUUAACCAUAUUUUUUAAAACUAGAGGUAUAGAAAUUGGCUUAAAAAAAAAAAGUAAAUACGUUGUAUCAGAAAAGGGCUCUGCCAUCUCCCCUCUCUAGUUCCCUUCCAACCCGUCUCCACGCAAAUGAGUCUCUCCUGGCACUGCCUCCCCACUGAGCCGGGUCACUGUCCCUGGGGCCACCCUGGCCUCCACCCUGCUGUCGCCAGAGCCCCACAGGCACCAAGGACUCCCAAGAAGCCCUCAAGAGCAGGAAGAAGGACCCACUCGGCCUUGUGAGUGGUGUGGUCUUGCCUCCCUGUUAGAUACUUGCCCACUUGGUUGAAGGGGCAAUGGAUUUAUUAUUAUUAUUAUUAUUGUUAUUGUUAUUAUUAUUAUUAUUAUUAUUAUUAUUUUAAUAGUUUGGCUCAGGUUAUAAGGAAGAACUUGGGAAGUGGUAAGUGACUUGACCGGGCCCAUCCUCUGUGGCUUUCCGUGGCCUCUGAAGGGAACCUGAAGCGCCCCCGCCCCCUCCCCGCCUCCUUCCAGGCCGAAUCCCCUGGCACUGCCUCGGCUGCUCCCCAUCCAUGCACUUUCCACCCUUCCACUUCUGUGUUCCUGCUCAUUCAGCGCUUUCUUCCAUGGCUUUUCCAAGGCACAAUCACUUCUGGCCCCCAAAGCAUCUCCUCAUCCUCUUCGCGUGCAUUUUUUAACCAAAUGAAGUAGACCAGGAAGUCAUACUUUGGGGCAGCAGAACUCGUAGUUUAGUAGAAUCACUGUAUAGGUAUAGAUGUUGAUAUAUAUGUUUGUGUAUAUAUAUAUCAAACCAAAUGUCUGAUAGGAAAAGUAUAGCUUUACGGAUGAGGAGGAAGAGGAGCUUUUAGAAGUCAGAGUCAGUGCUGGCGGAUGGGGCGAGCCCGGGAUGUCCCCAGGCUGCACCUUCCAGACGUGGGCCUGAGGCGUGGCCCCGGGCUCUGGCCACCCACCUCGCCACAGGGGAGGUGGGGCGCCCGCAGGUGCCGCUGUUCUCUCUGGGUCCCCAGCAUCAAAGGCACCGAUGAGUGAGGUGGGGGACAGCAAAUCAGAAUGACUGGAAUUUUCCAUCCCGUUUUGCUUUGACCACGUGUAUCGAGCUGCAGCCUCUGAUGAUUAUAUCACGUUUCCAAAAGUGGUAUCCAUUAGGAUGGAAAGAGAACAGAUCUGUAGAAAUGUUUACCUUUCAACUGCCCAUGAAUUCAGGACACUCUGGAUAGGAAGACUCACUCCCCAGCAUGAGGACAGGGAGGGAGAGGCCUGGUGACGCUCGGCCACCGGUCCCAGGAGCAAGGCUCCCCCCCAAGGUCAUCUCGCCUAGAUCGUUCUCCCCCUGGUCAUCUCAGCUCAAUAACCCUACGAAAGCCCUGGUCUGUUGUGUUCCUUCACUGUACGGUUUCUGUAAUAAAAAGUGUUAAUCCAUGUUAAUCUUUGUGAAAAUUAUUGCGUGCAACAGUAUUUUCUCGUGUACCUCUUUUUUCCGAUGUGAAUUGUCCCUCUUUUCUUUCUUAUUUAUAAAUGUCUACUUUUUUUAAAGAUAAACCAAUGUGUUGUAGACCUAUAUGUAACCUAUCCCUUAGUCUCAUAUUAUAGGUAUGUUAUAAGAAUGGAUAUUUUACUUGGCUUUAGAAUGUUUUACAAGAAAAAUAAUUCUUAACUGAUCAAGUCCUUGCUACUAAAAUGCUUGUGUUUUUCAUCAUGAUGUCGUGUGCUUCUAAAUUAAUCAUUUUCGUUGUAGAAAAAUGGAGUGAAUUUAUAUUAGUCUUGGAAACUAAUAAUAGCAUUGUAAAUUUAUGAGAUGAUUUUAACAGAAAAAAAUUAUAGAAGAAUAUAGUUAUUUUAAUUGUAAUAUUACUAACUGUAGGGUGAGAAAGGGGGGGUCCCAUUGUGGUGAACUAUGUUAUAGCUUGUUACUCACAGUUUCUUUUUGAUCAUUUUUUCGGUCUCUGAGGUGAAACGAGUUAUUAAUUAAAAUUUGUAAACUCACAUAUGCAUAUUGUAUAUGUGUAGAAAUGUAAUCACACUUUGUCUUGGAAUUACAUUAAACUGUUUGGAAUCACUGUA